AUGGCAUAUAUGUGCACAGACAGCGGCAAUUUAAUGGCCAUAGCCCAACAAGUUAUUCAGCAAAAACAACAACAAGAACAACAGCUUCAUCAACAGCAGCAACACCAGCAGCCAUUAGUCACUGUGAACGUAAAUCCAUUUUGGAGCACCACCGGCCACCAAUCUCCGACUCUUGCAUACGGAUUUUCCGAUCCGUUUGAAGGAAGUGCGGCGGAUGUGACCGGAGCCGAAGAGGCGGCAGGAUUUCAGUUCCCGAACCUAGAUCACCAUCACCACCAGCAUCCAGGGUUUAGGUUCGCUGAUUUUGUGGCGGCGUCAGGAUCGGUGGGGGAGUUCGACACCGACGAGUGGAUGGAAAGCUUAAUAGACUCGACGACAGAGAGUUCGACAUGGCAACCGAGCUCGGACUUCACUCUCUACGCCGCCGAUCCGUUUUCCGAUUGUCCGAGUCGACUCACUUGCUCAACGGAUCUAAAAAAUGCUAACUCUACUUGGCCGCCACCGCCGCCGCCAGUACUGGCUUCCGAUCAUCUGCUACCGCCUGAGAAGGAAAUAAAGCCUCCGAAAACGGAAAAAUCUCCGCCAUCAAAACCGGAUAUUGCGUCUACCAGUUCACCAGAGAGGAUUUUGACAAAACCCUUGCUCAAAACCCUAACUGAUUGCGCUCGAGUCGCCGAAACAGAUCCCGGAAAUGCAAUCACACCAUUGAUUCGCCUCCGCGAUUCUCUAUCGGCUGACGACGGAGAUCCUACCGAGAGAGUAGCGUUCUACUUCGCCGAAGCACUCCACAGUCGCGUCACUCGGAAACCGCGAGCAGUUUCCGAUAUAACGUCACGGGAGGAGUUCACUCUCACUUACAAAGCUCUGAACGACGCUUGCCCUUACUUCAAGUUCGCUCACCUCACUGCAAAUCAAGCAAUCCUUGAAGCAACAGAAAACGCCGAUAAAAUCCACAUCGUCGAUUUUGGGAUAGUUCAAGGAGUUCAAUGGGCAGCACUUCUUCAAGCCCUAGCAACCCGACCCGCCGGAAAACCAACUCGAAUCCGAGUCUCCGGUAUUCCAGCGUUAAUACUAGGAGACUCGCCGGCUCCGGAGCUUCUCGCAACCGGGAACCGCCUUCAUGAGUUUUUAGCCGUUAAUUUCAUGCUCCAGUUGUAUAAUUUGCUCGACGAGAACUCCAUAGCCGUUGAGAAAGCUUUGAAGCUGGCGAAAUCUCUGAACCCGAGUAUCGUCACUUUAGGCGAAUACGAAGCGAGUUUGAAUCAGGUAGGCUUUCUUCAACGCUUCAACAACGCCCUAAACUACUACUCAGCUGUCUUUGAAUCUCUUGAACCCAACAUGACCCGAGACUCGCCGGAAAGGUUGGAGGUGGAGAGAUCGUUAUUCGGCCGGCGAAUAGCAGCGGCGGUGGGGCAUGAGGAAGAAGGAAGCAAAAGGGAACGGAUGGAGGGGAAAGAACAAUGGCGGAUAACAAUGGAAAAUUCCGGUUUUGAAACAGUAAAUUUCAGCAAUUAUGCAGUGAGUCAAGCCAAGAUUCUGCUAUGGAGUUACAAUUACAGUGAAAUGUAUAAUUUGAUCGAUUCUCAUCCUGGGUUUCUAUCGCUUGCUUGGAACGAUGUACCUCUUCUCACUGUUUCUUCAUGGCGUUAA